AUGCCAAGUUUUCUAUCAGCCCUCGCUCUGGCGGCGGCGGCCGUCACGGCCGCCACGGUGCCGCAGCCCUCGGCCCCGUCCCCCCCCAGCCUCAACGACUACCAGAGCUUCGUCCUCGGCAAUGGCCAUAUCGUCAACAAGACUGAGCGCAAGCCGAGUCUGGCCGAGCUCGGCGUCGACAACGUGACGCAGCAUAGCGGCUACAUUGACGUCGCGGAUGACAAGCAUCUCUUCUACUGGUUCUUCGAAUCCAGGAACGAUCCGGAAAACGACCCGGUCGUGCUGUGGCUCAACGGCGGACCGGGCUGUUCGUCCAUGAUAGGCCUUUUCGACGAGGUCGGCCCCGUCACCGCCCCGGCCGAGAAUCUGACGCUGGUCAGAAACGCUCACUCGUGGAACAACAACGCCUCCAUCAUCUUCCUCGACCAACCUGUCGGUACCGGCUUCUCGUAUGGCGCGAGCAACGUUUCCACCACGGCCGAGGCGAGCAGGGACGUCUACGCCUUUCUCACCCUCUUCUUCGAAAAGUUUCCGGAUUAUUCGAAGCUCGACUUUCACAUGGCCGGAAAGUCGUACGCUGGUACCUACAUUCCUAUUUUCGCCCAUGAGAUUCUCUCGAGGGCGAACGGCAGCAUCAAGCUCAAGAGCGUCAUGAUCGGCAACGGCAUAACGGACCCCCUUACCCAGUACGGGGCCCUGCGACCGAUGGCCUGCGGCGGCGGCGGCCAUGAGCCGGUGCUGGACGAGACGCAAUGCAACGCAAUGGACGAGGCCUUGCCUUCCUGCGAGAAUCUCAUACGGCAGUGCCAGGAUGAGGGCAAGGCCAAGGAGUGCGAAUUGGCGCGAGAGCCGUGCGAUUUGAACCUCCUUGACACCUAUAGCAAGUUCAAUCGCAGCCGGGCCAAGGAGUGCGGAUUGGCGCGAGUGAGGUGCGAUUUGAACCUCCUUGACGCCUAUAGCAAGUCCAAUCGCAGCCUAUGCGACGUCCGCCGUGCCCAAGGUUCGCUCGGCGUCAGCUUUGGCCGAGAAUUCCUCAAUUUGCCCCAUGUUCAGGAUGCCCUCGGCGUCAAGCCUAGCCGGUUCGACAUUUGCAGCGACCAGGUGUACUUUGACUUUGUCAGGGGCGAGAGCAUGCUGCCGGCCUACAAGUUCGUGCCCAAGAUUCUCGACAAGAUCUCCGUCCUUAUUUACGCCGGCGACGCCUCCCUCAUCUGCAACUGGCUGGGCAACCGUGCGUGGGUUCACAAGCUGGAUUGGACCGGCAGCAAAGACUUCAACGAGGCGGCCGACGAUCGGCUCCGCAUCAGCCCGGACAGGGAAGCCUAUGGGGAGAUCAAGAGUGCCAAGAAUCUCGCAUUCGCCCGCGUCUAUGGGGCUGGCAAAAACGUGGCGACGGACCGGCCGGAGGCGGCCCUCGACCUGUUUAACAGAUGGGUUGGCGGCGAAUGGUCCAAGUGA